AUGUUUUCAAGACGCCCGAUUCAGGUCGCUAUCCUCGCGUUUAUUUUCGGCCUUCUAGUACAAGCGAGUCCAGCUCCUACAGCCUCAUCCCAAGGACUCCUCAGUACUGGAAUCUCACCCAGACCUACCGAAGAAGCAGUUUUAGUUGACCCGCUCGAAGAGUUGAAAAAGCGGGAUUAUAGAGAUAUCUGUGGAUAUGCAACAGGAAACACUCUAUAUCCCGUCACCUGCGCAGUAGGCUACCGGUGCGCCGUAAACAACUAUCAAGAAGCCAUGGGCUGCUGUCCAGCAGGAAACUUCCAAUACUGCCAACUAGCAACAUCCUGCAUCCCAUACGCGAGUCUCAACAACUGCGGCUUAAACUGUCAAGCAGACUACGGAAUCGGGAAAUGCAACGCACAAUACCGCUACUGCGCAACCUUCCGCUCCCUCUACGGCACCACGACGUUCAGCGGCUACCAAUGCGCCAUCUCACCCUCCAUCAUCGUGACCGUCGAGACCGCAUCCGACGCUACCCGUCGCCCCGUCAUCGAAACCAUCACCGCGACAUCCAUUCCCUCAGCAAGCAUCACCGCCGCACCGAUCGUUUACUACCAGAAUUUCUACGACAACUCGACGGCGAACCAGACGAAUAGCGAGGUGCAUACCGAGGGCAAGGGAGGUCUGAGUAAGGGCGAGAUUGCGGGGAUAGUGAUUGGGGCUGUGACGGGGGUUUUUACUUUGGUAGCGACGAUUGCGGCGGUGAUUUCUUGUUGUACUUGA